AUGCGUCCCAUCGCUGGGGCCCCACGCCGGCGGUGGAGCCCUGGAGGCCGGCGGGGGAGCCCUGGAGCGCGGCGCAGGCCUCCUCGGCCUGGGCCCUGUAGAAGGCGCGGGCGGCGGCGUACCAGCGCAUGCAGCGCCGCUCCAGGACCAGGUAGCCGACCAGGGGCCGGGGCCAGGGGUCGCACGCCAGCGGGUGUCCAAGCCCCGCCUCGCAGUGUUGCAGCUGCUGGAUGA